UGGCCAGAGAGAUAAGGGGAGUAAGAGAGAGAGAGUUGUAGAUGCAAUCGUCGCCAUUGUUGAGGUGCAGAACAGUUUCAGUCGUCGCACGGAGAAUGCUCUCCUCUUGCUUAUCCUCGAAAGUUGGAUCAAGCCCUAGUUUUUCUUUCUCUCGCACCAUGUCGGCCAACUCCUCCGAGACCCAAGAGACUGCUCAUCAUCCUUUCUUCUCCAACUUAAAGAUUUCGCAUCCGAAUCCAGCCGAAACCCUUCAUAGAAACGCCAAUGUCUCCAGAUGCUUCUCCAGGAGUCUUAAUCGCAGUUCUUCCAUACCCAUUUCGAGCACCUCCGAGUUGAGAAACCAACAACAACAUGAAAUGGAGGACUCCAUUCAAAAAUCACUCGUUGUGGUUUCCUUCUACAAGUUUGCUGAUUUUGCCGACCAUGCUGAUAUGCGCAAGCCCUUGAAGGAGCUCUGCGAGGAAGUUCGUGUUUCAGGUGGUAUUAUUCUGGCACCUGAAGGUAUCAAUGGGAGCAUAUGCGGAACCCGUGAAUCGGUGGAACGGGUUCUUGGAUUCAUUCAAGCAGAUAACCGUCUAAAGGGCCUAAGACAGGUGGAGUCACCUGUGAGUCCAGAAGAUGAAGCCAUCCAUCAUGGGCAUACUAGCAGUUCACCUCUUGGAGCUGGGGAAGAUGCACCCUUUCGAUGGGAUCAUGUGAGGGUCAAGGUGAAGAAAGAGAUUGUUUCUCUUGGAAUGCCUACUGUGUCACCUAUUGAAAGAGUUGGAAAGUAUGUGAAUCCAAGGGAUUGGAAUACAUUGAUUAGGGAUCCAGAUACAGUGGUGAUUGAUGUGCGCAAUACUUAUGAGACUCGAAUAGGCAAGUUUAAAGGAGCAAUUGAUCCAUGCACCACAGCAUUCCGGACGUUCCCAUCAUGGGUGGAUGAUCAGUUCGAGCUUGCUGGACCAGAAGAGGUUGAUGGUUCAAAUGACAGCUCCAAAGAAAGAACAGAAAUUCAAGGACAAAGAAUGCCAACCCGGGUCGCAAUGUACUGCACUGGUGGAAUUCGAUGUGAAAAAGCUUCAAGCUUUCUCCUAAGCAAAGGUUUCAAAGAGGUUUAUCAUUUGGAAGGUGGUAUUCUGAAAUAUAUGGAGGAAGUCCCAAAGUCAGAGAGUCUAUGGGAGGGUGAGUGUUUUGUUUUUGACAAGCGAGUCUCAGUUGAGCAUGGAUUGAUUCAAGGAACUUUCCAGCUGUGCUAUGGGUGUAAGCAGCCAGUGAAUGAUGCAGACAUGGAGGCUCCAGAGUGGGAAUAUGGAGUUUCAUGCCCAUAUUGUUUCUCAACCAAGUCUGAAGAAGAGAAAGAGAGGGCAAGAGCACGACAACGGCAGUUUGAGAAUUGGGGUAUUAUUGGCGGUCCUGACAAGGGCCGCCGGCCAUUGACAACCACAGAUGGUAAUAGUAGAAAGUCUUCUGUAUUUUCAAAUUCAAUCUAGCACUGAGGGUGUGAAAUUUGAGUUUUCAAGCAAAUCAUGAUUUUUUUCACUUUUUUGGUUGCCGGCGGGUCUUAGCAUAUGGUGUUAGUCUAGUUAUUAUAUAUUUACUGUAUUUAAUAACAAUUGAAUUUUGGU